UGUAUUUUAUUAUUAAUUAUUUUCUAUUAUAUUUUAGUUAUUUUCUUAUAUAUUAUUAUUUUAAGCAUUUUCUUAUAUUAUUUUAUUAUUUUAGUUAUUUUCUUAUAUGUUUUUAUUAUUUUCAUAUAUAUAUUUAUUAUUUUCUAUUAUGUUUUUUAUAUUUUA